ACCAGGCAAAGACAGACACCACAGAAACCCCUACUGCUCAAGCCUGCUCAUCCAGCCAGCACUCUAGGCAUAUCCAGAGCCGCAUGCUUCCUGCACCCGCAGCAACGGUGGCAAGUGCAGGAUCACUUUUUGACAUAUACCCUCCAAAAAGAGCAUCGUUGGACGAGGCUAACACAGCGCAAUAGGGUCAAGCACACUGCCACAAGCAAGUAUCAAUCAUCUUACCACUGACUCUCCAAACGCACCCAUUUGCCACAAGGCUUUUCACGUAAAGACCGUUGGUUGAAGAUGAACAGUGAUGGUGCCAGUGCCGCUGGUGGACGGACACCCGUCUCUGUGGGCAAGUUUGACAAGACCAGGGACUUCCUUGGACCCCGGCGAUUCACCACAGACGUCCUUGCAGAAACACCAUCGACGAUACCUCUGGAACAUACACGUCAGACACUGAAUGCAAAGGACAGGUUGCUCGAACAAAAGCGUGCAGAACACGAGCUCGCAAGGCAAGAACACCGUCGUCGUUUUGAAGAGCAGAUGCAGAUGCUUGAUAUGAAGCAGCGUCGUGAUGAAGACUUGUUGCUGGGCGUCGAUGAAGAAGCACUGCCUACCAUGUUCAGCACCUAUCCAGUCACACCUUUGCGUACACCUGCUCAGUCAGAGUCGCGCAGUCGUGCAGAGACACUGGCGAAGGGUACACCGCCGCUCAAGGUAUUUGAACAGCAGCAGCAACAACAGCGUGGUACAGGCAAUGAGCAGCUUGCAACGCCACCUGCUGAUCAUACUGGACUCAACAAUGGUAUCUCACCGCGCUCAUUUGGCGCCAAGUCAGUCCCUGGUAGCCGUCGUCAGAGCUUGUCUACCGCUUUUGAAUCAUUGGCUGUUUCCGAGCGCAAGCAAGACAUGGAGGGAAGACGUUUGUCGUACAUUGACAAUGCGCGUCAUUUCGAAGUGCCAAACCCAACGGAUGAAGUCCCCGUCAAAUCCUACUUGCAGCUCAAUACAACCGAUGACUCUUUCCCGAUUCUCGUACGCAAGGACAGUAUGCAGACUUUGCCACAAGGACCCGCUGCAACGACAGACUUCCAGGACUACAAGCAAUCUUUUAAUGCGAUGCCUCCCUUCAAGACACAAAACGCUGCGCGUGGAGUGCCAGUCAGCUAUGCUCAAAAGGACAUGCACGAUGAUCUGCGUUCAGCUCGUCAAGCGCAUGAAUUCAAGAUGCCACCGGGUCAGGCAAAACAGCGCGACUUUCAAUCUGCAAAUGAACGAGGUCGAUUCGCAACUAUGCCAUCCGGCACACGCUCUCCACUCGGGUCACUCCCUAUGUUGCCUGCAGGCUCGCAUUCACCCAUGGAUUCACCUAAUUUGUACGCUCAAUUUGGUAUGAUGCCACAAUCAAACUGGCAAGCAGGUGGAUUUCCGCAGUACUCCUUCUCCAUGCACAAUCCAGCCUAUCAAGCACAAGAGACACGCUUACCUGGCCAGUCUUUUGCCAAAGGUGGUGCUCCAUUCUACGCCAAGCGUCCUGCGGAAGAUACGAACCGGUAUGCAGAUGUUGCGCUCGAGUCCCUUGUUGGUGACAUCUUCACCCUUUGUAAAGACCAGCAUGGUUGUCGGUAUCUGCAAAAGAAGCUGGACGAACGCAUUCCUGCUAAUGUGGAUCUCAUCUUUGCAGAAACGUACAUGCAUGCUGCAGAACUCAUGAUUGAUCCAUUCGGCAAUUAUCUGUGCCAGAAGCUACUUGAGCACUGCGAUGAAGGACAACGCUUCAAGAUUGUGCAGAAUGUGGCACCCAAUCUGAUCAACAUCUCUCUCAACAUGCACGGUACGCGCGCUGUUCAAAAGAUGAUUGAGUUCUUGCACACACCUGAGCAAAUCAAGCUGGCGACGUCAGCGCUCAAUGCUAAUGCUGUUCUACUCAUCAAGGAUCUCAACGGUAAUCACGUCAUUCAAAAAUGCCUGAAUCGUCUCAACAGCGAGGAAGCUCAGUUCAUUUUCGAUGCUGUUGCCAAGAACUGCGUUGAGGUUGCUACACACCGACACGGCUGCUGUGUCUUGCAGCGCUGUAUCGACCACGCUUCUGACGCGCAAAAAGUGCAAAUCAUUAAGCAGAUUGACGCUCAUGCUCCAUUGCUCGUGCAAGACCCAUUCGGCAACUAUGUCGUGCAGUACGUUUUGGACUUGGGCGAGGCGCGUUUCUCUGAUUCACUUAUCAAGCGCUUUGUUGGCAGUGUCUGUGUCUUCUCGGUGCAGAAAUUCAGCUCCAAUGUCAUUGAGAAGUGUCUGCGUGUCGCUGAGCCUUCUAUUCGCGCACAGUUGAUUGAGGAACUCCUCAACAAGUCGCGCUUGGAAAAGCUGCUUCGAGACUCUUACGCCAACUAUGUCGUGCAAACUGCUUUGGAUUAUGCUGACCCGAAGCAACGACAGGAGCUCGUUGAGUGUCUGCGCCCACUCUUGCCUGCUAUCCGCUCAACGCCGUACGGCCGUCGCAUCCAAUCCAAAAUCAGUGGAACGCAUGGUGCACCUGGCUUUAGUGAUUUGCCAAAUUACAAUGCAAUGGGCAACUUUCCAGCAUACGGCUUUGGUUAUGGUCACAAUGCACCUGCUCAACAUGCACACCACAUGCCGACGCAUGGCUUGCCAACAGGUACCAAUAUGGGACAGCGAUUCAAUGCCGAUUAUGAGUUCAAAGGCUUCCCUGUGUAGUGAGCAACCGAAUGCCUCAAUUGAAUGGGUCGAUGGAUUGGAAUAUACGCCCUCCCUGGACUCUGUACCACAAUCUUGCAGAAAAGCAAAAAAACAACAUAGCAUUUAUUAAGCGGGCAUGACGGUCG